ACUUGUUUAAUGGGAGUGGGAAGAAGACAUUUAAUUUAUUUAAAUCUAUUUUGAGUUUGCGCCAUUAUUUCAACGCAUAACUGUAAGUCUACUAAACAAAACUGCGUCAGCCACGUCGUGGUCACAUGACGCGAACAGACGUCGAUGGGCGGAGCUUCCGCCAAAAUUCUAAUCCAAGGCGCGGCUCGCAACAGGUGUAGGUAUUUAGGAAGGCGGCAGUGCGGAGCAACGAGACACAGCGACGACUAGCAAGAGAAACAUUUUUAUUUUCUGCUUGCAACAGGACCGUCUGGAGCGUACACGGUUCAACGUUGUUUGUUUGCUGUAUGUUUUCCACUGUAAGAAGAAGAAUGUAAGAAGAAUGACUAUACAAAUCAAUUGGAGGCUUGCUUCAUUGAUCACAACCGUUGUUUCUGCUGCUCCAUGGAGUCUGGUGUGCGCAUUUACAAUGUGGAGCCUUUGAUGGAGAAGGGCCACUUGGAUCACGAGCAGGUGGGCAGCGUGGCGUCGUGCUCCAUGCUGCAUCGCUCCAACCUGCUGGCCGUGAUCGGGGGCGGAGUCAGCCCCAAGUUCUCUGAGAUAUCCGUGCUGAUCUGGGAUGACGCGUGCGAUUCCCGAGACGCCAAAGACAAGCUGGUCCUGGAGUUCACCUUCACCAAGCCGGUGCUGGCGGUCCGGAUGCGACACGACAAGAUCGUCAUGGUGUUGAAGAACAGGAUCUAUGUGUACAGCUUACCCGACAAGCCGCUCAAGCUCUUUGAGUUUGAUACGCGCGACAACCCCAAAGGUCUGUGCGACUUGUGUCCGAGUCUGGACAAGCAGCUGCUGGUUUUCCCGGGACACAAAUGUGGAAGUCUGCAGCUGGCGGACCUGUCCAACAGCAAGCCCGGGACGUCGUCGGUGCCGUUCACCAUCAACGCGCACCAGAGCGAGAUCGCCUGCCUGGCGCUCAACCAGCCGGGAAGCGUGGCCGCCUCGGCCUCUCGCAAGGGGACGCUCAUACGCCUCUUUGACACCAGCAGCCGCGACAAACUGGUGGAGCUGCGGCGAGGCACCGACCCCGCCACGUUCUACUGCCUCAACUUCAGUCACGACUCGUCCUUCUUGUGCGCAUCCAGUGACAAAGGGACGGUCCACAUCUUCGCCCUGAAAGACACCAAACUUAACCGCCGCUCCGCGUUGGCGCGCGUGGGCAAGGUGGGCCCCGUCAUCGGCCAGUACGUGGACAGCCAGUGGUCGCUGGCCAGCUUCACCGUGCCCGCCGAGUGCGCCUGCAUCUGCGCCUUCGGGAAGAACACAUCCAAGAACGUCAACUCCGUCAUCGCCAUCUGCGUGGACCGCACCUUCCACAAGUACGUCUUCACGCCCGACGGAAACUGCAACCGAGAAGCCUUUGACGUCUACUUGGACAUUUGCAACGACGACGACUUUUGAUCCAGGACGGAAGGAAACGGGGAAGGACCCAAGGAAGAAACGGCAGGACACUUCAAGUGAAGCCAGGUGUCACCUUUUGCGGUUCGGCAGGAGGAGCUGUCAAAGUCACCUGUGCGCAUGCACGUGUGAGUAGCUCAUCCGAGGACGCGCCGACAGAACAUUCUUCCAAAUCCUCAUUCCAGAAGCGUGCUGAAGUCACAACAAGGAGGGCACGAGCACUCGGCUGAUGGCGGCAACAAAGAGAGGCGGCGGCAUGCUGCGUGACCUGCAGGUGGCGUUGCAGCGGAAGAUUGAGGAGCUGACGGAGCGAGACGCGCUGAUUGAGGAGCUGGAGUCAGAACUGGAUGCCAAAGAUCUCCUGAUUGGCCAUUUGCGGGCCGAGCUGGACCGUCAUCGUAGUUUGAUGCCGGGCACCGACGAUACUGCCGCUGCACAGACACCCGACGCAGCAGGUGGCGCUCCAGCAAUGCCAGCACCGCCACUCGAUGAGCCUCAGCGCACCAAGAGACAGGCCAUAUCGGCAGAACCCAGCGCUCUGGAUCCUGCCCGACUCACCGACGUCACGCUCACCAGCUACUGCAAGAGCAAAGAGUGAGCUUAUGUUAUUUUUGUUCUGUGUUUUCCAGACUCUUUUCAAUCGUUACAUCUGCGGUUCGGACCAUUCCUUUCCGCUGUGAAAAAAAAAAAGAGCCGUGAGGAGUGUGUGUUGCGCAGAGGCGACGCUUCCUACCUCAAG